AUGUCUUCUUUCGAACAACCAAACACACCUCCCCAACCUGAGAAACUACCGAGUAUCGCCAUGCUUGAUGCAACUGCUCAACAACAACAACAACAACAAGGCAACCAUUUUAUGCCAACAACCACUUUUACAUCUUUAAUGUCUUCCUCAUCAAUGAUAACAACACCAAUGAAUGCAACUUACUGCCAUCCAUUGUAUGCUCAAAAUGUAGUCUCACCUCCACUUACACCUGCCGUAUCACCUUCAUCGUUUUUGCUUGAUUCGAUGCAACAUCAAUUCAACAAGCAGCGCACCACCACAACAGUAGCAGCAGCAACAUUGUCAGGCACUUUUCCCCAUCAUCCCUAUACCAUGAAUGAUGCACAACAAGCAAUGCAAUAUCAACAACAACAACAACAUGACGACAUGUACCGUCGUAUGUCGACAUGCAGUGCUGUUGGGGCCAUGUCUUACAACAAUGACCCAGCUGUCUCUUCUCCAGCCACCACGACAACAAGUUUUCACGCCACCAGCUUUGCAGGAUUGCUCCAACAAGAUGAUGUAGACCAUUAUCCUCAUCAUGACAACAACUCGGUGCCAUCACCCACAGUAUUGGAUAUUGAUUCAGCUACGCCGAAAAUGGAUACCAAGGUUGGAUCAGAAGAAAAACGACGUAGCUCGGCUCCUGCUGCUUCUGGCGGUAGACGUAAAAAGGGCCACAAGCAUCUUUGUCAGUAUCCAUUUUGUGGAUGGAGCUUUAAGCGAUACGAGCAUUUAAAACGACACAUGCUGGUUCAUACAGGCGAGCGUCCUUUUGUGUGCCAUUUUCCAGGUUGUGGCAAGAGCUUUAGUCGAUCCGACAACUUUCAUGCGCACUCUCGUACACACACAAAAAGAGCAGCAUCCUUGGCAAAGAGCCAACAACAACAACAACAACAAUCGAAUUGUGAUUCAACUCAUAAUACUAUGGGUGAGCCAUAUACUGCUUCUUCUUCAGCUGCAACAGCAACAUCAUCAACAACAUCAUGCGAGCAGUCGAUGUAUGGCAAUCUGGUGCCACCCUACUUGCAGAAUCAGCAGCAGGAACAAGAAUCCAUCUUUGGUUCCCCAAACAACCACAAUAACAACUCAUUGUUGAAUCAUGAACCAUCCAUGGCAACUUCUACUACCUCUACAUCCUCGUCAUCUCUCUUUUUACCAUCCCCCGAGGUUCGAGCGCCACCCCAUUUUGGAUAUCCAGCAUCGUAUAGUGUGACAACACCAUCCAUGGCAACCUCUUCUUCAGCUAUCAACAGUAGCCAACCACAGCAUCCCGCUAUGGUUGCAGCUGCUGCCGCGGCACAAGCAGCUGCAGUUGCAACAACAACAGCAACGACGACAAUCCAACAAUCCUCUUUACCAAGUAUUGAGAACCUUAAUGAAAAGGAGGCAUCCAAGGCUACUACUUGUACGGGUGGUAGUAAAAAGGCACGUACUCAACGUGGUGGUAACCAUGAUGAUAAACCUGAGCAACAAAAAUCACACAUGUGCCCGGUGAUGCAAUGCCAACGACGUUUCAAACGACUCGAACAUCUUAAACGCCAUAUGCGUAUACACACACUGGAACGCCCAUUUGCAUGCACGUAUCCUGGAUGCCAAAAGACAUUCUCUCGUUCAGAUAAUCUUUCUCAACACAUCAAGACCCAUCAACGUCAUGAAGAACGACGUCGCCAACAACAACAACAACAACAUUCGUUUUCAUCAUGUUUUUCAUCACCCUCCUCUUCAACCGAUACUAUGAAUCCCUUUUGGACACCCUCUUCAUCGUCGUGCUAG